AUGGGUGGCAAGCAGCAUGAAAUUCAUUUCAGAAGUGAACCUGUUUCUUCAGAAGAUGAGGAUGGAGAGACUCAAGAAAGCAAGAUAAAAUCUCUGAGCAAAUAUUUGCCUCCAAAGAAAACAAUCACUCAGAUUAUGAAGGACAAAAAGAAGCAGACACAACUCACUUUGCAAUGGUUAGAAGAAAAUUAUAUUGUCUGUGAAGGAGUUUGUUUGCCUCGAUGCAUCCUUUAUACUCAUUACCUGGACUUCUGCAGGAAGGAGAAACUUGAGCCUGCUUGUGCUGCAACAUUUGGGAAGACAAUUCGCCAGAAAUUUCCUCUCCUCACCACUAGGCGGCUGGGUACAAGAGGCCAUUCAAACUCCAAAACUGGGACUCUUCUUCCAGAAUUCCCCAGUGCUCAGCACCUUGUAUUGGACCAAUGUAUCUCUAAAGACAAGAUUGCGCGACCCGCUCUCUUUGAUCAACAUAUAGUGAACGCCAUGGUGACUGAUAUUGAAAAGGUUGAUCUGUAUGGCAUUGGAUCUCAGGCACUUCUCACUGUUUCAGGGAGCCUGGACUCUGAGGCGGAGGGCUACACUGAAUAUGACUCUAUUACAGUGUUUCAAGAAUUGAAGGACCUCUUGAAGAAGAAUGCUACUGUGGAAUCGUUUAUUGAAUGGCUGGAUACUGUCAUUGAGCAAAGAGUUAUUAAGGCAAGCAAGCAGAAUGGUCGGUCUCUAAAGAAGAGAGCCCAAGACUUCCUUCUCAAGUGGAGCUUCUUUGGAGCUCGAGUAAUGCAUAAUCUCACUUUGAACAAUGCUUCCAGUUUUGGUUCAUUUCAUCUCAUCCGCAUGCUUUUAGAUGAAUAUAUCCUCCUUGCAAUGGAGACCCAGUUCCACAAUGAUAAAGAACAAGAACUUCAGAAUUUAUUGGACAAAUAUAUGAAGAAUCUAGAUGCCAGUAAAGCCACCUUUACAGCAUCCCCCAGUUCUUGUUUCCUAGCAAACCGCAACAAAGCUUCCCCAAUGGUUAGUGACGCCUCAGUGAAAAACGAAUGUCUGAUGGAGCAAACCUAUUUCUCUUUAUCAUCCGGUCAUCAUAGUAGCAUAUCGUCCAGUCUGAACCCAUGCACUGCAGGAGACAGUGAGAAUAUGCAAACCACAGGUCAGACCGACCUCUCUCAGAGCAGUGCCCACCUUAUCACUCCACCCAUUUCUCCAGCCAUGGUCAGCCGAGGAAGUGUUAUCAACCAGGGACCGAUGGCCAGACCAUCCAGUGUAGGCCCGUCAUUAUCUUCACACUCGCACUGCUCUUCUUAUUCUGAAUACCUUUGCCAGACAGUGCCACAAACGAACCAGAACUUCUAUGGAGCCGGUGCCAGUUACCCAGCCAUGUUCAGGACCCAGACUCAUCCACCUUCGGGAUCCUGUCUCCAGAGGGCAGAAUCGAGCCUUUGUCCAGCAGCCAAUGAACAGCAACGUUUCUCCCGGGACUACUUCAAUAGCAGCUGUGCUGUGUCUUCAUACAGCACCCGUUCCCUUCCUCUCUACGGAGCCUCUUCAGCUGCACAGGACACACAUUGUAUGCAAUUUUUGAACAAUGGGAGUUGCAGCUUUAUGAACAACACCACAACAGGUUCUUGUCAAGGAUCAUCAUAUUCCACAGCUGCCUCUAAUGGGUUCUAUGGAAAUAAUGCAAACUAUUCAGAUUCCCACAGAUUUGAGUCAUUGGUAGAUCAGCACGUUUCUGUCAUCAGCAGUGUAAGCAGCAUUCGCCCAUUGCCUCCAUACAGUGACAUUCAUGAUUCACUCUGCAUCCUAGAAGAUACAGGAAGGAAACAGGGAGCAUCUUAUUAUCCAGAUGCCUCAAUUGCUGGCCAGAACUCUAUAACUUCAGAAAUGCUGUCUGCUCUGCCUACAAGUUCCUCUGAAUGCAUGUACGGCCAUUCUCGUCAGUGCCCUUCUCAGGAACCAAUGGACUCUUCUGGACAAGCUAACAAUGAGAUGGUGUCAUCCUUACCACCGAUUAAUAUUGUCUUCAUGGGCACUGCUGCUGGAGGCACCUGAUUUUUAGUUCUCACUUCCUCCAUUUAACAACUUUUUUUCAUCAGAAAAGUUUUACGGAUUUGUUUUUGAAGAGCAUCCUGAAAGAUUUUACAGUUAAAUAAUAUUGGAUUACUUCUGAGUCCAAGUGCAAAUUAUUUCUUAUAUUUAAAUGAGAAUAUACUUGCAAAGUGUUUUUUUUAAUGUGUCUCUUCUUAUUGCUGACUAGGUUUAAAUGUACAUUUAGAGAAUGUCUAUCUUUCCUCCUUCUCUUCAUUGCAGUUUAAAACAGUGUAUCAUUCUUCCAGCAAAAGCAAUAAUACCUCUUUUUCUCAUCACAAUUUUGCUGUAUUGUCUCUUUGAUAUGCAAUCUACAUUCUGGAAACUCUUUGGAUGGCAGAGGUGCACCUGACGGUGGUAUCUACUCCAGAUUUAGAAAUAUAGAUAUAUUUGGUGAGCUUUUCCCAGCCCAGCACCCUCCUGAUGGACAGGAAUAUAAAAUCAAUUUUAGAUGGACAGGAAUAUUAAACAACUUUAACCUACCUGGGAAGGAUUAAGGAUGUUGUUUACAGAGGUGAUAUUCAGCAAGUUCUGACCACUUUUGGAGUACUGGUAGCAAAAAAAUUUA